AAAGAGGUGUGCAUCUUAGUCGGGACAAACAGCUCAUGAAGACACAUCGGUCACUGAUACAGGUGAGCUCAUGAAGACACAUCUGUCACUGAUACAGGACGUCCAUUCAACAAACUAUUCUGAAGUUUCCUUCAAAGGCAGACAGACAUCUAUCACAACAACGAUGUCCAUCUUGCUGCUGGCUCUACUGGUCCCCGUGAUGGUGCAGUCCUCCCUGCAUCCAGUGGACUGUGAUGAGGUCUAUAGAUCAGGUUCUGGACAAAACGGGGUCUACACCAUCUACCCUGCAGGACCUACCUCACCUGUCCAGGUGUUCUGUGACAUGGGGUUGGAAAGUGCACAUCUAGGAAAGUGGACGCUGAUUCAGAGCCGACAGGAUGGAUCAGUGAACUUCCACAGGAAGUGGGAUCAGUACAAGAGUGGUUUUGGGAGCGCAGCUGGAGAGUACUGGCUGGGGCUGGAGACGAUGCAUCUUCUGACUAUGAAAGGAACCUAUGAGCUGAGGGUGGCCAUGGAGGACUUUGAGGGGAAUAAGGUCUAUGCUCAGUACUCGUCCUUCUCCGUUGGACCAGAGGCUGAAGGAUACUUGCUAACACUGGGCUCAUUCAAAGAUGGAGGAGCAG